UAUUGUUAUCACAACAACUUAAAAGAUUGAUCAAAAAUAAUUCUCAUGAAAUUUUGAUUGAUGAUGUUUAAAUAUAUUCAGUAUCUGUUCAUUAUGGUUCAAACAGAUUUGGUUUUUUUUAAUGACGCUUGGAGAUAAUAUUUUUGACAAUUUCUAUCCGUACAAGAUUACAGAACAAUGGAGCCAUUGUUACCAUCAGAAGUCGCUCGUCUUAUUUAUGGAUAUUUGAAAAAAGAGCUAAAUGAAGAUACAGCCGAGUGUUUUUUAAAAACAUCACCUCAUCUAAAAGAAUGUUAUCAAAUGUUCCAGGUCAAUCGUAAUUUCAAUUGCAAAGUUAAUGGUUUUAGUUUGCAUGAUAUAUUUGAUCAGUUUGGUGCAAUGUGUAGUUUAAUUAAUGAACAUAUAUCAGAAGACUAUGAAUCCAAAACACUAAUUGAAAAAUUACAAUAUUUGUUAAGUGUAUAUAAUAAAACACACAAAAUAGAUAAAUGUAUUGAAACUGAAUUUGAUUGUAAUUAUGAUUCAAAUAGAAAUGUCACUGCUGAAAAUAACACUUCACCGACAAGAAGUGUUGCAACAACUUUAGAAAAUGUAGAAAUAAAUUUAUGUAAAGAAGUAGAAAAGUCAAAUUUCAUAAGUUCAAAAAGUCAUGUUUCAUCAUGUUCAUUAAUUGAUACAACAUCUAAUGUUAAUAAUAAUAAUGAAUUUAAUAGUACUGACAUAACAAACCAUUCUAGUGUUCAAAUAAGUCAAUGUGAAACUCCUUCAAAAUUGAUUUAUAGUUCAAAGAAAUGUUUAACACCCAAAGCCCAACAAACAUCUUUUAACAAUUUACCAUUUGUCAGUCAGCAAAAUGCAUCUGAUUUUGUACCUUCUGAUUGUAUUCAAAUACCAGAAGCAACACCUUUAGAUUCAAUGCCUGGAUUGGCAAAAGAAGAAAAACCUAAAGAAACAUCAAUUAUCGUUGAUACUGGUGAAUUAGUUGAUACAUUUUUAAAAGAUAAAAGUCUUUUAGAAAAAAUUGCCAAUAAUAUCAAUAAAUCAUUAGAAAUUCAUGAUGAUAAUUUAGAACAAAGUGUAAAAAUAUUGGAUCAACCUUCACUAGAGAAAGCUAUUGAUUCCACUCAAUCAGACCCUCAGAUUAAGAAUAUUUUGGAUGAAUUUUUAGUUUUUAAUGUAAAUAAUGAUGAAGAAACUUCAAAAAAUCAACCUGAUAAUUUACAAAGUUCUAUAAAAUCUCGACUACGCAGUGCUAAGAAAAAAGAUGAUACACCAAAUAAAAUUAAGAAAAGUAUAAAUAACUCCAAACACAUAUCUAGUAGUAACGAAGAAUGUAAGAAUAUUGAGGAUAGUAUUAUUCUGAUUGGUGAAAGUAAUGAUAAAUCAAUUUAUAUUGAUAAUUACUCAGUGCUAUCUAAUCAAAUAAUCUUACAAUCAAACAUUUCGUCAAAUGGACAAUCAUAUACAUUAGAUUCUUCAAGUUUAACACCAGAAAUAAUACAUGAAGAAGACUAUCCUGGAAAAUCUAACUAUGUGAAAAUAGCACCAAAAAUUACACCGUUGUAUUUAUCACAACAAGGACAAGAAAAGCAUUUUUUUCCAAAGAGAAAACGAAGAACAUUAGAAGAAUUUGGUGUAAGAAGUAAAUUUAGAAGAACUAACCUUGCACCUAUUCAACCAAUGAAUUCAAUAAAACCAACUCCUUCUAUUGUUAUUCAAGUGCCAAACCAAAGUACUCUUGAUGAAGCUCAAUCAAAAAAUGAUAUUAUUAUUGAAAAUAUUAUUAGAUUACCUGAUAUAACUAAAGAACCAUUUAAAGUGAAAGAAAAUAUUUCUCAUGAUACACCAGAUGACAGAUUAAAACCUCCACAAAACAGAAGUAUGAGUACACCUCGUAGACGUAGUACUCAUAUUAGAUGCCUUGAUUUUAGUACACCACAACCAAAAAAUAGUUUAAAAAACAAUGCUCGUUCAAAACUCUUUAAUGAUUCUCCAAAAAAAAAUAAAAAAAUUGAUGAAGAACCUCCUCAUAGUCCUAUUCCAAAACUGCAAGCUGAUUGGGGUUCAGUUAAUGGCUUUGAAUCAAUGGUAAAAAAUAAUAAUGUAAAGAAGCAUUGGGAUUCAGAUAUUAGAGAAAUGGUAGGGGCUGGAAUAUUAACAUCUGAUGCUGAUGCAAGAUCAAGAAAAUCACCUAGAAAAAAGAAAACACCUAAAAAAAGAGUUAAUUUAAAUAAAAAUAUAAAAGAAUCAAAAUCUUUGAACAACAAACAAAGUAAACUUGUAAGUGAUAAAUUAUUAAAAAAUAAAAAUGUUAGUAACAAUGAGGUUGUUGGAAAAAAUGAAGAGACUUCAUUAUUAAAUGAAAAAAUUAAUAAAAAUUCAUCUGAUAUAAAAAAAAUUCAAAAUGAUUCUAGUAAUAUCAACCACAAUGAACAACCAAAGCAAACAAAUUUCAAUACUUGUUAUACUCAGGAGAAUGAAAAUUCAUUAAUAGUAGAAGAAAAUUUUACAGCUAAUAUAAACAAUACUCGCCCAUCCAUUGAUGAAACUGCAGAAAAUUUUACUGAGAAUACCAUUAUGUCUUCUAAUUUAAAACAAGUUGAAAAUUCUUUAAAACAUAAUAGUUCAAAUAAUGUAAUAUUAUCUUUGUGUGAUCUUAAUAAUAGUUUUGAGAACUCAAUAAAAGAUUCUAAAACUGUUAUUUCUAAAGAAAUCACAACUAUUAACUUGGAAACACCUUUUAAAAAUUUGGAAACUCCACUAGAAAUAAGUAAAGAAAAUUGUAUAAAAGAUGUUAAAAAAUCAUCUCAGUGUAAUCAAUUAGAAAGCAAGACUAACACUAAUGGUCAAAAUAAUCAAUCCAUAAUACUUAACAAACUUAACUCAGAUUCAUUUGAAAAUUCAAAGGUGGUUUCAAAAAAUAAUUAUACUACUUUAAUAAAUCCUGUCAUUUUUAACUCCGAAACUGGCAGCAAUACAAUGAAUACUCCAAGUUCAGACUGUGUUUUGGUAGAAAAUCCCUGUAUUAAUAAUUUCACUUCACCAACUCAAUUAGAAAAUAAAACAGUUGAAAAUGUUAAAUCAACUGUAUAUCAAAAUCUACCAAAUCUUGAAGAUAAUAAAAAAUUAUGUGAGUUAAGUAAUUCUAUAAAAAAUAUUGAGAGUGAAAGUCAAUCAAAUAAGCAUAUUAUUAUAGAAACACCUUGCAAAUGUGAUGAUUCUGCAGUUGAUGUUCCUGAAACCCCUAUUUCAAAGCUUUUGCGGGAAUGUGAUCCUAGUAAACUCAUGACUCCAAUAGCGUCAUCUCCAUUCAAUUGUGAAGAAUCAUUAGAAACUCCAUUAACAAAAGUAUUCAGAGAAACAUCUUAUUUAAAUCGUCCUCCUAUUUCCCCAUUUCCUCCUACACCUGGAAAUUCGAGAUCUGUUGAUACAAUAAUAUCACUACCUAGUCAAGAAUUAAAUAUAAACUUUAAUAAUCAGCAAAAAGCUACUAUUUUUAACUCUGAAUCAAAAUUAAAUAAUUCUAAAGAAAUAUCAGUUUCAAAACAUGAGGUAACUUUACCUAAUAAGAACAAAUCAUUAAGUAAUAUUCCAAAGAAAAACAAAGCUAAAAAUUCUAUUCAAAGGACAAAAAAUGAAUCUGCUAUUGAAUUAAAAAAUAUUGAAGACAAAAAGAAACAAGUGUAUGAAUCAGUUAAAAUUGAAUUAUUUGGAAGUGAAAUAUCAUCAAGUUCUAGCGGUGAUGAAUUAGACAAAAAAAAACAAUAUGAUAAUUUUAUAACAACAAAUAGCCUAACUAAGAAACUUGAAAUACCAGUUAAAAAAGAAAAAAAAUCUGGAUUUAAACUUAUUCCGCAGAGAAUGCAUAUUAAAGCUGCACAACCUUUUAGUUGUGAUGUAAUACAACCAUCAUUAAAUAUGGUCACCACAAAAUCUCAAUUGACAAAUUUUCCAAAACCAAAAUUAUUUUCUCAUGUAGAAUCAUAUAAUACUAAUAAAAAAACAAUGAAGUCAAUGGUACAUUUUGAUGACCCAGUUGAAAUAAUUAUGAAUGGUACGCCUAAAAAAGAUCAAAAUCAGUCUUCCAUUAUGACUUUUUCAAAAAAAAAUAUAUCAAAAAAAUCUAAAUUGAAUACAAUAGAAACUCCUGAGCCACUAAUUGGAUUAAGUAGAUACUUAAGUAAACCUAGUACACCUUACAAAUGUAGGGCUGAUGAAAAAUUAACCAUACCUAGUACUAAAAAAAAGUCUAUUCUGAAUGAAAAUAAUAGCUAUGAGAAAAACAUUUUUAAGAAUACUAGUCAUAAUUUAGAUAAGAAUUCAGAAGAAUCCUAUCACCUAAGCAAAAAUGAAACCAGACCCUCCCUUAGUUGUGUAAAAAAUACAUCCUAUAUAGACAAUGAUGAUGAAGUUAAAUUAAUGUCUGUUAACUCAAAAUUAAAUUUAAAUAAUUCUCAAGCAAACUCCGUUUUAACACAAAGUAUAAAUUAUUUUUCAAGCCCUAUAACUUGUGAUAAAUCUGGAUCAACAAUUAAUAGUAAUACUUCAUGUAUAACAAUUGGUCAUAAUGAAACAUCAAAAUCUCAAUCAAUAUUACCUGAUCAAAUAUGCUUAGCUGAUUUUUUCAAAAGUCCAAAAAUAUAUGAAAUCAUCACAGAAGAUGAUGAAAGAGAGGUGGUAUGCAUUCAACUAUCACCAAAUUUUGAUUUACUUAAUAUACCUUCAGAGUUAAACAAUUUUCAACAAAACAUUUCACCAUUAAUUUCUAAAAAUUUAUUAAAUGUUACCUCAGAAUUGGAAGAUGGUGAAUUAGUUAAUGAUGUUGAAAACUUAAUGACUAGUACACCUAAAGAAAUUUAUGAUAAAAAAAAUGUAGACAAACAAAGUAGAAUUAGGAGGAGUCCAUCUUUUUGGGAGGACUCAAUACAUUAUUUAUACAAAUACAGAGAUGAUAAGCACAAAGAUACAAGUUAUCGAAGAAGUAAUAAUUAUAGAGAAAAUAGAUAUGAGCAAAAAUAUAGGCAAACUGGUUUGUAUUCUUCUUAUCGUGAUGAGUACUCACAACUAGAUUGUCGAAAUAAAUAUCAAAGGAGUCAUUUUUCAAGCUACUCAAAAAGAGAGCCUCGAGAGGAAUCAGUUAGAGAAAAAGAUAAGUAUAAAAUAAAAGAAGACAGAAGAAGGAAUUCACGUGAUUAUCGAGCUUAUGAUGAUUAUAAAAGAUUAGAUGAAACGGAAAGGCGUGGUGUUUCUCUUAAAAUAUCUCAGAAUGAUACACAAAAAUCAAUACGGGUAGAUGACAUUCUUAAAAAAGCCACUAAGAGGUCUAAAAGUCGAACAAAUAUUAAUGAGAUACCUUCAAAAAUAUCUAAAGUGGAACAUCAAAGAUUGCUGAAAAAUGUGAAUGUGGACGAUUUUUUAUCCAUUGUUCAUGGACAGUAAAUUGAAUUUCAAUACAUUAUUAAGCAAUUAACUACAAAUGUUUUAUAAAUCUUGUUAUUUGUAUUCUUUAGUUAAUAAUUAAUAGUUUCAACUUAAUUUAGACUCGUAUUCUAAUUAAUAUUGAAUAUUUUUUAUUUAUGACAUAUAUUUUAAUGUAUAUAAAUAUUUAUUUAUUAUUUUUUGUUAUACCAAAUUUAUAAUUUAAAAUACAUUUGAUUAACUUUA